UAACAUCAUCAAUUUGGACGUGAAAAUAAUCAAUUUUUUUUUUCAGGUUUUGUUCAUUGAGAUACCAAGUCCAGAUUCCAGAAUGAGAGGUCCUAAGCUGAAUACAUCUUUCAUCUGCAUAACCAUCAUCUGGGUAUGUUUUAUCAGAUCAACAAUGGGAAAUAACAGACUGCAACCAUAUUCUCGGUCUACGACAACCAUAAGGCUGCCUAUUGAAACAAAUUUCACGCUUCCAGCACCAAUUCCAACAUGGUCCUCAGGUACAAAUUUUUCAAGUGGAAUAAUUGAUCUUGGAGCGUUACAAGUUGCUCAAAUCACAUCCUUAAACAAAGUUUGGGCUGUCAUUGUAGGAGGGCCGGAUAACAAUGGUGCAACAUUUUAUGAACCUACUUCAAUCCCAGAAGGAUUUUUUAUGCUUGGUUGCUAUGCUCAACCAAAUAACCAGCCUUUUUAUGGAUGGGUUCUUGUGGCUAAGGAUGUUUCAUUACCUGUGGAGCCACCAGGGCUGGCGUUACCAACUGAUUAUACGCUUGUUUAUGAGACUCCGCCUCAAGGCAUUGUGCUAAGUACUGGUGUUUGCUCCAUUUGGCUUCCAGUUGCACCAGAUGGUUAUUCAGCUAUGGGUUAUGUUGUCACAGCCUCGCGAGAGAAGCCUCCUCUUGAUAAAGUCCGGGUGGUUCGAUCAGAAUUAACAGAGGAUAUUGAAAAGGACAAUUGGAUUUGGGGAAGUUCUGCGUUUCUCAAUAUAUAUGGUUCAAGACCGGUGGACAGAGGAAGUACGGCCUUGGGGAUAUCCAUGGGAACAUUUAUUGUUCAAGGGAAUGGGAAGCCAAUGGAUAAAUUAGCUUGCUUGUCAAAUUUGAACUUUAGUUAUCCUAGCAUGCCAAAUUUAAAUCAGGUUCAAGCCCUGAUAAAAGCUUAUACUCCUGUGGUUUACUUUCAUCCUGAUGAGCAAUACUUUCCCGCGAGUGUAAGGUGGUUCUUCCGAAAAGGAGCCCUGCUUUACACGAGAGGGCAAGAAACUAGUCCAGCCCGGAUUGCCCGCAAUGGCUGGAACCUCCCUCAAAAUGGUUCCAAUGAUGGUGCCUACUGGAUUGAUCUUCCAUCCGAUAAAACAGCAAGUGACAAUCUCAAGAAAGGGAAUUUGCAAAAAGCUGACUCUUACAUUCACAUUAAACCUGCUCUUGGUGGUACAUUUACUGACAUUCAAGUGUGGCUCUUCUACCCUUUUAAUGGACCUUCAAAAGUCACGUUUGGUUCGGUGACUAUUACAUUAGACCACAUUGGCGAGCACGUCGGUGAUUGGGAACAUGUCACGCUGAGAAUCAGUAAUUUUAAUGGCGAGUUAAGAAGCGUAUAUUUCUCAAAACACAACAAAGGGGAUUGGAUAAGUUCCUCAGGCCUCGAGUUUGACAGCAAUAACAAGCCUGUCGUGUAUUCAGCUUUCCACUCGCAUGCAGCGUACUCUUCAGCUGGAUCAUUCAUCCAUGAUUUUGCACAAGAAAAGAUGUUUGCCGGACCACAGAAUGAUACCUCAAAAAGUGGCUCCAGCAUGGAUACAGGCGCGCGAUACUGCCUACUAGGAGCAGACUAUUUGGGGGGCUUAGGCAUUGUGGAACAACCAUGGGUGAAUUUCGCUAGAGAAUGGGGUCCAAAAAAGAAAUCUGAUUUGGAAGAUAUACUGCAUAAACUGGAAAAAGUGGUGCCAUUUGUACUGUGGAAGAAGCUAGAGGAAUUUGUGAGAAGUAUUUCUCCAGAGUUAUUAGGUGCAGAAGGACCUACUGGUCCAAAAUGGAAGGAUUUUUGGAGUGGGGAUGAGAGGGUUUAGCUUAUAUUAAAUCAUGCAUAAUUGCAUACCAUUCUUUGGUUAGCUAUGUUCUGUAAUGUAUUCAUUGUCAUCCAACUGGCUUUCCCUGUACUACUUUCUUGUGGUAUAAU